AUGGCGCGUCCCGUCCUUCCCCGUCGCUCGCCCGUAGCAAAAUCCGUCACGGUAGUCGUGACGGACACGACGGUCGCGGCGGGAGUGACGGCGUUCGUCGACCCGCUGUUUCGCGCCGCUGCUCUUGCCCCCCGUCGGCCUCUCGAACCGCCGCUUCCUUCCCCGUCGCCCUUCCCCGUCACGCUGCCUCGUCGCGGCUCACUAUCGUCCGCGACCCGCGCCCCGCACCUCACUUGCCGCUCGUACGCCACCCGCGCCCCGCACCCCGCCCGUCGCCCGUACGCAACCCGCACCACGCACAACGUCCGUGCUCCUGUCCGCGAGACCCGUCCGCACCCCGUACCUGCACCCAGACCGCCGUUCUGCCCCAGAUCCCGACCCCCCACCGACAAAUGCCAUCCCACCUCCAUCUCCGUCCCCAUUUCCAGCAGGAGGGGGAGGAGGUGGGGUGUUGGCCCGUGGGGGACGGCUGGGGUAGGGGGAGUGGCGGAGUUGGCGGCUCAUGUAAGGGGGAGGUUUAGGGGGUGUGGGUGGAUGUUCCAGCUGCAGCAACUGCCACCACUCCUCCUCCUGUCAUCCCCCCGCCCCGUGUCUCCCGUGCUGCUACCCCGUCGUUCCCGUGCUCCCGUGCUCCCGUUCUCCCGUUCGUCCCGUGCGUUCCGUGCUCUCGUUCGUCCCGUGCGCUCCGUGCUCUCAUUCGUCCCGUGCUGCCCCGUGCUUCCCGUGCUCCUGUUCGCCCCGUGCUUGCCCCGUGCCCAUGCACGUGCUGUCCGCCCGUGUUCGCCGUGCUUGCCCCGUGCCCAUUCCCGUGUUGCCCCCGUGUUCCCUUUCUGCUGCCCCCGUGUUCCCGUGUUGCCCCCGUGCUCCCGUGCUGCCCCCCGUGUUCCCGUGCUGCCCGGCUCUCCCCGUGUUACCCCGUUCAGCCCGUGUCCUGCCCCGUUCUUCCCGUGUUGCCCCGUUCAGCCUGUGCCCAUGAUAAUACCCGUGUUCUGCCCAUUUCCUGCCCGUGUUCUGCCCGUGAUCCUGCCCGUGAUUCUGCCCGUACUGCUGCCCGUGAUUGUGCCCGUGAUCAUACCCGUGUGCUGCCCGUAUUUUGCCCGUGUUCUGCCCGUGAUCCUGACUGUGAUUCUGCCCGUGAUUCUGCCCGUGUUGUCGCCCGUGAUUUUGCCCGUGAUUCUGCCUGUGAUCCUGCCCGUGUUGCUGCCCGUUCCCGUGCCAUACUGCCCGUGCCCACCCGUGUCUCCAGUUGCUGCCCGUGUUCUACCCGCGCCCAGUGUCCCCCGUUCUGCCCGUGCUGCCUGUUCUGCCCGUGUCCUGCCCCGUUCUGCCCGUGUUGCCCCGUUCAGCCCGUGUUGCCCUGUUCUGCCCGUGUUGCCUUGUUCAGCCCGUGUCCUGCCCCGUUCAGCCCGUGUUCUGCCCUGUUCUGCCCGUGUUGCCCCGUUCAGCCCGUGUCUUGCCCCGUUCAGCCCGUGUUCUGCCCUGUUCUGCCCGUGUUGCCCCGUUCAGCCCGUGUGCUGCCCCGUUCUGCCCGUGUUGCCCUGUUCUGCCCGUGCUGCCCCGUUCUGCCCGUUUGUGCCCUACCCGUGCUGUCCGUACCCGUUGGUGCCCCACCCGUGCUGUCAGUUCUCGCUCGUGCCCCACCCGGUCUGUGCUGCCCGGUCUCGUGCUGCUCGUCACCCCCAUGCGGCCCGUCCCGUCCAGCUCCUAGUUGCUACCCAAACCCGCUACCCGUACCCGUGCUCCUCGCACACCGUGCACCAGCUGCGGGGCGUUCAACCGCAACCGGGCACCUGUUCCACCGCGGUGGUUCAGAUGCUGCUUGGUGGUUGCUGCUUGUCAGCUUCAGAGGGGGCCCCUUACUGGUGUUCCCACGCCCUGUAA